GGCUAAUAUUACUUUAGAACCCAUUUGGUAUAUGGUAGUUUCUAUCCACUGAUCACUCCCAAUUUAAUUAACUUUUGGUUUUCUUAUGUCGACGCUAGGAUUUUGGUAUGAAAGCAUGGUUAGUUCAUAUAUUCAUGCGGAAUGGAGAAAAAGAUAUCUUGGAUUAAAUAUACAUCUUUUUAAACCCAACAUCUAUUCUUCGAAACUUAAGAUUCCAAGGAAGAGGAUCUAUGUUGCAGAGACUUAUGGUUUCAAAUGUAUUGGCGUGAAUUGGAAGCAAAAAAGAACUUAUGUUGGUCUCAAAUGUAUUGGCGUGACUUGAACUCGAGAGGGUGUUCCAUUUAAAGGCGUGUUUGGUUUAGUUUAUGAUGCAAGGGUUCUACUUUGCCUAAUCAUGCAAGGGUUUCCUUUAAAACCAAAAAAAAAUUCCAAGAAAAAGGAUUAUUGGUCUCAUGUUCCUCCAUCGACUUAGACAAAGUAAGUGUUACUCUAAUGAUUUACAUAACUUCUUAGAGAUAUAUCUAUAUACGUUAAGGUCCAGAUAUUUUCUUUACACCAUUGUCUUUUGGUUAUUCUACAUGUAGAAUAUGUGCUAAUAGAUAUGUGAAUUAUCAGCAAGCUGACAUCAUAAAAUUUCCAGACUUCUCGCCAAACUGUUACUAUCCCAUGUAUCAUUGAGAACAAUAUUCCCUUAAAUACUAUAUCAAGUGAAGAAAACUCGAGGACAACGAAUGUCGAUUGUGAGAUUGUUUUCACAAUAAGAAAAACAGAGCAAUCAUGGAGUCCAUGAACUCAAACAAGCCCACUGCAGGAAAUAAAAACAAAUGCGCCUGUCUUGACAACUAAAAACACCCUAUUUGUGUCCAGGUUUUCAUGGGUGUUCCUUUCGUUGUGUUUUCAUAUUUCCAACCAAUUGAUUUAUAUUCCUAAAUUCCACAACUACCCAUAUAUCGUUACGAAGAGUGACUAAUUUCUCUCCAACAUUUCUGUCUUUCAUAUGCAUGCCUCUGGGAGUUGACAUGUCUAAAUUCUUCAUUAAAGGUACAUGCAUGUCUAAUGUCUUCUCUUCUCAUGUCAUUUACUUUUUAAAACAGUAGACAAAAUAUAUGGUUCAUGGUUAGGGAAUUGACUUUGCACUCACACAAUGUACUGAGGUAAAAUUAAAGGAAAGGGAAAGAAAAUAAAAUAUUUGAGUUUUAGUUAAUUAAGCAUCAAUAAGGCCACCUUCUAUCUUCAUUUUCUACUCACCAGUGUAAUAGUUGUUUUCUGCUAUGACUCUGAAACGUUUGUCUAAUUGUGAUCCUUCUUUUAAUAUUAAGCCCUUUCUUCAUUAAAUCUUUUUUGUUGAUCUCAAAUUAUGUACAUGUCUUUAGUCUCUGUUUUGUUUGCAGGUUUGAGUCAAAUUGUCGGAUGAACAAAAUUCACAUUUAGAUGUUAUUCGAGAUCAUGGAAGUGAUAAUAGGAAUUCUUUUGGAGAAGGAUAUGAUUAACUAUACCAAAUCGAGAAGUUAUAUAAUGGAAUUCAACGAGAAACACAACUAUAAUAACCCCAACAAAAGAUGGUUAAGUCAUUCACAUUUAUUCGAGGAUAUGGGCAACAUUACAAUGAUUUAGUAACACUUAUAAACUCAAAGUUAAUUGUCAUUUCUCUGCUUGAGUUGAAAAAGCAUUAGAAAUUGAUAAGAUUUAUCAAAACAUUGUGGAAAAUAGCUCUUUAAUUUGAACUCAUGUCUUAUCUCAUAUAGAAAACUAGAGUUGGUAGUACAAAAAUUAGAACAUAAGUCCCACGCGUAGCGUGGGAUAGCCCCUAGUAUGAUAUAAAACAGUGAAAUGUGUUUAUGACCAUUCAUUGGGUUAAACACGCUAAAGAUGGAAAUGGAUAUUUUCUUAGUUAAUCACGUCGGUUAUCAUAAUUAUUUAUUUACGGAAAGCAUAGAAACCCAAACGCUCCCCAACAAACCUAUCAAACAACAUGGAGACUCCUAACCCUGUCAACUGGUCGAAACUCCCUCUCGAUAUCCUCAGAUCUGUGUUUUAACUUUUGAACUUUGUGGAUUUCCACCGAGCUAAGAUGGUUUGUUCCAACUGGUAUUCAGUUUCGAAACAAACAGUUCCCCGGAAAAGCGGAUGUCCAUGGCUAAUGCUUUUUCCAGAUGAAGGUGAUUACGUGCUGCACAACCCACACGAAGACAUGGUUUACAGGAGAAGAGGGAUAGACUGUUCAGGGAGUCGAUUCCUGGCAAGCUGCGGUAAAUGGUUGUUGAUGCUAGAUUCUCGAUCCAGAUUAUAUAUUAUACAUGUGUUUAGUGGGAAUAGGAUUGAUCUUUCUCCAUUAGAGUCGGUUUUAUCGAACGACUCUGCUCUGAAGCGUAUGGUAGAUAGAGAUAAGGAGUUUGAAUUUGAAUCUACUGAUGGCUCUUAUUACUCAUUAUUAUACGCGGAUGAAAUCAAGGGACGUUUGUGGGUAGACGAGGAGUCGAAAGAGGUGGCUUUAGUGUGGUACUUUGACGCCCCUGCUUGUUUUGUAUGCCUUUACAAGAAAGGGAAUGCUCAUUACGAUCUCAUUCCAAUUACCUAUGGAGUUCCCAGGAAGUUAACUGGCCUAUGUGGUCUGGUUCUUUGGGGUUACCGUCUAUACAUCUUAACAACUCGUAGAGUCGUUAGAGUCAUAGAUUUUUCUGGGCAGCAAGGUUUCGAAGAACUCACCCGGAGUUACACAUCCCCAACGUUUUCUCAUCUUGGAUAUAAUUGUUAUUCUAGCCUGGUGGUUACAACAGCAGGAGAGUUUUUGUUGGUCACAAUCACAACCUCUGAAAGUAGCGAAAGAGCCUUCCGCAUCUACUACAAGGAUCCUAAUGCUGAGCCAGAGACCAAAUGCCCGAUCUCGUUGAGUUAGAAUCUCUUGGUGAUGAGGCCCUGCUUCUCGACUUGGGUAUCACUGUGCCUGCUAACCAUACCCUUGGUAUCAAACCAAACUCUAUUUAUUUCACUCGUCAGGACCCUAUUUCUUCCAAGACCAACUGGAACCAAACCGCCCAUGUCGUGCCCCCUUCUGAGGUGGACAUCUGUGUGUUCAAUCUUUCAACCAAGACCCUUGAACCCUUCCCUGCUCCCUCCAACAUGAGUCUCAAGAAUGCUCGAUGGAUUUUCUCCAUGACUUGAUUCCAAAUUCCCAGACUCUUUUGCCUCUCUUUUAUUUUUUUGUCUUUCUCUAGUACCCU